AUGACUUCAUGUUCCAACGGUGACAAUACUACACAAACUGUGUUUCCAAUGUAUUUUGGACGCAGCACGAGAUUUGGUGAUGCUGCUUCUACACCAUUGAAAAUGAUUAAGUUGCGUAUUGAACAACAAGUGAAUGCAACAUUUCCACUCAUACAUCAAGUGGCAACAACAAUGACAUUUAAAAAUGAUCAAAACAGAAUAUUAGAAGGAGCUUUAGAAUUUACAUUACCUGAAACAGCAGUAAUAUGUGGAUUCGGUCUUGAUGUCGAUGACGUCAUUGUUGAUGGUGUUGUUGUUGAAAAAGAGAAAGCUCGGGUAACAUUUGAACAAGAAGUUCGAAAAGGUGUCGAUCCUGGCUUAGUCGAAAUGGUUCAAGGAAAUAUAUUUCGUACACGAGUUUAUCCAAUGCCAGCCGGAGGCACAAGAAUAGUACGUGUUAUUUAUCAAGAUCGAGCUAAAGUCGAAAAUGAUCAUUUUAUAUUCAAUAUUCCAAUCUACUUUACCAAUACUCUCACCAAUUUAGAUAUUUCAUUAAUUUGCGCACAAACAGGAAAUAAUUGUCAACCAGAAUUUGUUUCAAAUACUAAAUUCAAAGAGUCUUUUGUAUACUCAAAAGGUAAAUAUUGUUCAGAAUUUCACCAAGUCAACGUUGAACCAUCCGAAGGGGAACAAUCGAUUUCUUAUAUGCUUAAAAAAUUGACACCCGGACAACCCAUCUACAGCGUAGAAAUUGAUCCCGAAGAUCAUAAUGAAGCUUAUUUCGCUCUAUCCUAUAUACCUUCAUUAUCACAAUCCAAUGAAAUUGCACUCGAUAGUCAAAAAAUAAUUUCCAUUUGUAUCUUAUGGGAUGCAAGUUUAAGUCGAGCCAAUGUUGAAAAUCGGAAUCACGAAAUAAAUAUGCUCAGAACUAUAUUAGAUAUUUGGAAGUCCAAUGACGUCAAUAUUCAGUUAACCGUAGUUGUAUUCCGAAAUGUACUUGAAGAACCACAAACAUUUCAACUAGAAGAACAAGAUUAUUGGUCGAAACUUGGUCAAUUCUUAAGUAAUCUAUCAUAUGAUGGUGCAACAAAUUUAUUUCAACUAGCUACAAUUUCAUCCAAGGUUCCAAAUAUGACACACUAUUUUUUAUUUAGCGAUUGUCUUUCAACAAUAGGUAAUGAUGAUCCAACAGUAUUGGAUCAGUUAACAACAAAACCAGUUUGGAUAUUUAAUGCAAACUUUGCACAUGAACCAACAAAUUUUUCAUUAAUUAAACAUUUAACUAAUCCAAGUGGUGGUGGAUAUAUUUCUCGUCAGAAAAUUGUAGAUCAGAAUAAUGUAAAUGAUAUUAUUCAAUGGAUUGAUAGCCCACAACCAAGAUAUAUCAAUACGGAUAUUAUCAAUAACACAUCUAUUCAUGAUAUUUAUCCAAGUCAUUCAACUGUGUUAGCAACAAAUGCCGAACAAUUCAUCAUAGUCGGAAAAAUGUCAUCGUCGAUUCCAGCGAAUAUUGCCAUCAAUUUUAUGAUCUUGAAUCAAAUGCAUCGUAAAGAAUUGAUGAUAGAUAAAGCAGACCCAACAGUUGAAAACUAUGGAUUAUUGCGUCGAUUAUAUGCGCAACAAAUGUUAGCUGAAUUAACUGCUUUUCCGGAAAAAAAUAAAAAGCGCAUCAUCGAUAUUGGUAUGAAAUUUUCAAUCGUAAGUGAUUUUACAUCCAUACUUGUCCUAGAAACAUUGCAGCAACAUAUUCAAUAUAAUAUAUGUCCACAUCAAUCACGUACGACACUCUACAAUGAUUAUAUGAAGUAUCAAACUGAAAAAAAACAACAAGAGUUGAUUAAGAAUCAAGAAAAAAUAGUAGCUAUCUUAAAGUUAUGGCAAGCGCGUUGUUCAUGGUAUGAUAAAACAAAUACAGAUAUGAAUCGCUGGAAUGUAUAUAGAAAUCGUAGAGAACAUAAUUUCGAACGAAGACAACAUGAAAUUCAACAGUUACUAGAGACGUAUCGUGAACGCAUGGAACAGUUAAGGUACAGCACGCGUGAAUAUCAAUCAGCAACACAAAACAGAGAAUUGGAAAAUGCACUUCAAAGACAAUUUAACGAGAUACAAUAUGCAACAAGGGAACUUGAACAAUUGAAACAUGAAACAAGACAACUUCAAAGAGAGCAAGCAGAGUUAUUGUACCGUGAAAGAGAACAAUAUGAAAGGAUGGAACGGGAAAGAAUGGAACUUGAACAAAUGGAAUAUGAAGCAGUACAACUUCAAGGAGAGCAAAAAGAAUUAUCGCGACGUCUAAGAAAACAACAUGGUAUAAUGGAACGUAAAAGAAUGGAACUUGAACAAAUGAAACACGAAACAGGACAACUUGAAAAAGAGCAAGAAGAAUUAUUACGAGGUGAAGAAGAAAAACGUGAAAUAAUCGAACGUAGAAGAAUGGAACUUGAACAAAUGAAACAUGAAACAGAACAACUUGAAAAAGAGCAAGAAGAAUUAUUGCGAGGUGAAGAAGAAAAACGUGAAAUAAUCAAACGUAGAAGAAUGGAACUUAAACAAAUGGAAUAUGAAACAAGACAACUUCAAAGAGAGCAAGAAGAAUUAUUGCGACGUGAAAGAGAACGACGUGAAAUAAUGAGGCGUCGAACAAUGCAACUUGAACAUUCUCAUCAAGAAGCAAGAGAGUUACUAUCGGAAUUACAACCCGAUCUAAGCCAAUCUGAAAAAAGAAUGACUUUAUCGACGCAUGAAAUUCAAAAAAAACGCCUUCUCGCUUCUUCUCAUAUUCAGAGAGAGUCAGUAAAACGUUCUAUCAGAGAUUCUACUCCUUCUCCACCUCUUCCUACUAAUACAAAUACUUAUAGUACCACUAUUCUUGAUCAUAGUUCUAUCAAUACUCAAACCAUUGUUCUACAAAACUAUGAUCCGAAAACACCAUACAUGGAUAAGAUUAAAUCGAGCACUAACUUACAAGUGGCUUAUCAGAUUUAUUUAAAUGAACGUCAAUCCUAUGCUAAAUCACCAUCUUUUUAUUUCGAUAUAUCAUCGUAUUUUUUCUCACUAGCUCGUUCUCCUACGUCAAAAUCAUCAGCAAUAGAUACAUUUAAUCAGCAUCAUUCAAUGUCAAUAUUUGGGGCUCAAACAGUGUCAAAUAAAACUAGUUCGAGUGAUCUCGAUGCCAAUCAAUAUGAAUAUUUUGGUUUACGUAUUUUAACCAAUGUAUUAGAAUUAGAAUUAGAAUCACCACAAUUGUUACGAACAGUUGCUUAUAAACUUGUUGAACUUGGUCUUAUCAAUUUAGCUGAAAAUAUUUUUCGACAUAUUUUAAUUUUGCGAUCGAAUGAACCACAAUCAUUUCGAGAUCUAGCAUUACUAUUGCAAGAAUCUACUAAUAUUCAAUAUAAUCAUAUUACAGAAAUAUCAGAACUAUUUAAGAAAGUUAUAUUAGGUGAAUGGGACAAUCGUUUUGCUGAAAUUGAAGUAACAGCAUUACACGAAUUGAAUUGGUUUAUAUUUAAAUUUCAUCAACAACAGCAAAUAGCAGCAUCUCUUGAUAAUCGUCUAAUUCGACAUUUACCUGUUGAUUUAAGAAUAGUCUUAGUCUGGGAUACAGAUGAUACAGAUGUUGAUUUACAUGUAAUUGAACCAAACGGUGAAGAAUGUUAUUACUCUCAUAAAAAUACAGCUAUUGGAGGUAUGAUAAGUCGUGAUUUUACACGUGGUUAUGGACCAGAAGAAUAUCUGCUUCGCAAAGCAAUCAAAGGGACAUAUAAAAUUCGAGUAAAAUACUUUGCUAAUCACCAACAAAGUUUAACUGGUGCAACGACAAUAAUGGUACAUAUUUAUAAGCAUUAUGGUCAAUCAAAUCAACAAAAAGAAAUUGCCACAUUACGAUUAAGUAGUAAUAAGGAAAUAAUCGAUGUAUGUACAGUGGAAUUUAAUGAUGAGGUCAAACAAAAAACAGAAAAUAACGUAAAGAUUAUUCAACAAACAAAUACAAAUGUCCAUUUGAAUGUUACUUGUGGUAGUUGUGAUAUGUCACCAAUAAAAGGAGAUCGUUAUAAAUGUUUAUUUUGUCCAAAUGUUGACUUUUGUGAAUCCUGUCAGUCGACCGGUAAAGCAAAUAAAGAACCAAAUCAUUUUUAUGACCAUCCAUUAUUAUGCAUUAGAGACUCAUGCAUGUAUCCUCAAUCAUUCUACUUACGCAAUUCUAAUAAUAUUGAACAUCAAAAUGUUCAAUGUAAUUCAUGUUUAAUGAAACCAAUUCGAGGCAUUCGAUAUCAUUGUUCCUGUGAAAUAGAUUUAUGUGAACGAUGUGAAUUCAUUGGUCUCCAUGAUCAAAGUCACUGUCGUACAAAGAUGCCCAAACCAGAAUAG